AUGGGCGAGGAACAAAUAUGUCAAUUGAUAUUGAUUUCACUGCACUUCGUUGGAUCUAUAGAAACGUUUAUAAUUUUAAAUAAUGUAUACGCAUUUGAAACAAAAUAUGAAAACGAUUAUGAUGACAAUUGCAAUUUGUACAAUUCGGAUAACACUGGUCCAACUUAUGAUUUUCCAAUAUUUUUAAAAGUCGUCAAAGGACUAAAUGGCUUCAAUAAUACAGUAUCAUUUCAAUCUCCAAUAUAUGGAACAUAUUUGCGUCACAAAAGUUUUAAGAUUUACAUGGAUUACCAAUCCUCCGGAUCAUUUAACGACGAUGCCUCAUUUAUAUUUCAAAAAUCUAAUUAUCAUGAAAACUUUACAGCAAUUCAAUCUUUUAAUUAUCCAAGUAUGCAUAUCUUAAAUUGCAAUCAUCGUUUAUAUAUAGUUAAUGAAAACAUAACGGAAGACCAUGAAAUUCGUAUUAGUUUUAAAAUAUCAGAAUAUAAAUCAAAAAAGGAAGCUGGAGAUGAUUUGGUUUUACAUUUAAAUAUAAAGCAAAGAGCAUUAUAA